AUGCAUAACCGCAGAGGAAAUAAAGAGAAAAGAGGAGAACAAGCGCACAGGAAGCACAUAAUGCACCUAGAGAGGGAGCCACCGACGCUUUGUAUUUAUUCUUUAAUUAAAACGAGAUUAGGCGAAAUGAAAAGCGGCGCGAGGUGCUGGAGUAGCGCAUCCGCUCGAAAGCUCGCGGGUUUGACUUCUGGACCCGGAAUUAUUACUACUACAGGGUUAUUACAAAAGAAUCAUCGAGUUUUAAAAAUAUAUAUUUCUGAAGAUAUUACAGAUAUAACAGUAAGUGACAUGUCAAUGGAAAGGUUUUUAAAAAAGAAUAUGAGUAAAGUAAGAAAUAAUUUAAUAACAAAACCGGAAUACUGUCGAUGGACCUCAGAAGAUAUGGACCAUGCGAUUAAUGCAUACAAACAAAACCAGUGUGGUUUUAAUGAGUGCUGCAGACGUUAUAAUAUUCCAAAACCGACUCUUAGGAGCCAUUUGCGCACUUUAAAUAAAAAGGCAAAUGAAAAUGUUCAAUCUUUGGGUCGACACACAACUUUUAGCACUGAAAUUGAAAUGGAAUUGGCAAAACAUAUUUUAAAGCUGGAAGAAAGAUUAUUUGGUGUAAUAAUUCGGGAUGUUCGACGAUUUUCUUUUCAAGUAGCUGUUCGGAAUGAUAUUCCACACCGUUUCAAUAUCAAUAAGGAAAUGGCGGGAAAAGGAUGGUAUUAUUAUUUUAUGGACCAACAUCCUGAACUGUCACUUAGACAACCAGAGAAAAUCUCCAUGGACAGAGCAACUGGAUUCAACCAAAAAAACCUCCAUGAGUUUUUCGAUAUUUUAGAAAAAUGUGUUGAUGAAAACGGUUUUACGGCUCAAAAAAUUUAUAAUGUUGAUGAAAGUGGAUUUUCAACAGUUCAGAGACAGAAACAAAAAAUAAUUGCACGUAGAGGAAAGCACCAAGUUGGGGGUACAGCAAGUGGUGAAAGGGGCGUAAAUACCAUAGCUGUCGUUUGUGCCAGUACUGCCAGUCAAACUGUACCGCCCAUGAUAAUUUUUUAA